GGCAAGUGCAGAUCACAUCCACGAACCGGAACCAGUCGAUCCACACACACUAGACGAGAUGGCUCAGGACCCGAACGCAUUCGAAACACUCAAAGACGCACUGGAGCGCCACCGUUCCUCUCGUACACACUCCCCAUCUGCUCAUGGCAUGUCCCCUACGGCAGACGUACAUACCUAUCCCCCAAGCACACCUUCAACCCUGCCUGCAUCCCCUACCUCUUCUGAACCGUUUCUCCCACGCCGCACACACGCCCUCCCAGGCGAAGUCUUCAUCGACCCCCUAGAAAGCGCUGGUCUCCCCCUCUCUUCAAGGCAACGAAGCGGAGACUCUGAAAUCCCGGCAGACGGCCGUGUCGAACACCUCGCCACGCGCGAAGCAGCAGGCGUUGUCAGAGCGCAUACCAAACGAUGGGAUAUCCUCGGUCGUCGUCACCGCUCGAAAUCACGAUCACGAGUCCCAGUUGUAGAACAAGACUCUGAAAAAGAAAAUCGUGAUACAAACGGCGAAGUCAAAGAGGAGAAACAUCAUCCAACUCCGCAACAACCACCCAAGAAGUCAUGGUGGCAUUUCCACACUCCCCCCUCAAUUGCUCCUACCCCUCACCACCCCCCACGUUACGAACAAUCACGCGGUCCUUAUGAUCCUGAAUCUCAUCCUCCGGCACAUGCUUCUCAGCCGAAACUAGGCUCUGGCGUGCUGAGUGCGUUGUUGGCGCUCUACAGCAACGAACACGACGAGCACGAUCCCUCACAUAGCGAAGACGAAUCAGACCUCUCUAAUCCCGAUCGCCCAUGGCUCUCUCACUCCUCCCACCCCAAGUCUAAACACAAACAAUCGCCCUACAAGACUUUAAACCAAACACUCCACUCCGCCUCAAGCAGCACGGCUUCCCUCCUUUCCUCCCUCAAGCCAGGCCCCUCGGGUUCGAGUAUGGCUGCGCUCAUUGCGGGUGCGGGGACGUUGAGCGGUGCUGCUGCGCCUAUGCAAUUGGAGUUAGCGCCUGAUUUGAAGAUGAAGAGGGGGUAUGGGCUUGUUAGGUAUCGGGUCGAGGAUGGAAUCGAGGGCGAGGGGGCUAGGGAAGGGAAUGCGGAGGUAUGGGAAAGACAACGAACAUCAACACCUCCCCGUCUCAGCCUCCAUCUUCCCCGUCGUUCAAAGAGUACCGAUACCGAUUUUACGAGGGGGAUCGGUGGGCGCGUCGAGGAGGACCACGAGGGUGAGGGGGAAGUUGCUUCUAAAGCUGCUAUCCAAUCCCGGGACGAGUCCACAAUAGACCUCGAGGAAGAAGUGAUAGAUGUCGAGGAGGAGGAAGGUUCACCAGAUACGCUCGCUCCUCCGACGACCGAGACUACUUCUACAUCGACUCCCACUUCCACCCCCUCCGAAUCAACUCCACCAACCCUCCCCCCUACCUCAACCUCCACCAAGAAACCAAGAUCGAAACGCUGGAAAGGAGUCUUGAAGGAUAUCCCGCUUCCACACCACUUGCCUACUGCGCACUUAAAGGGGUUUUCGUUGAGUAUACCCGGGACGCCUUUAAGGUAUCCUGUCAGUACGAGUGGUGCUUCUACCCCUGGGACUGGAACGAGGGCGAGUAGUGUUGCUGGUUCGCCUGAUGAAACGGGAAAAGAUGAUGAUUAUUUCGGUACAAAGUGGAUCGAGGAGCAGAAGGAGAGGGAUAGAAAGGAGAGAAAAGAGAGAGAGAGGAGGGAGAAGGAGAAGAGGCGGAAGAGGAAAAGGGCGGAAGUUUAUAUAACUCGCCACGUAGCAGCCAUCCUCCAACGGCAAGAAUUCAUUCUCAAACUAGCCCGUGCAAUGAUGAUGUUCGGGGGUCCCUCGCACAGACUCGUCGCGCAGAUCCAAAGCACAGCGCGUGUCCUCGAGCUCGAGAUGAGCUGUAUGUACCUCCCUGACGUCAUGUGGAUCAGCUUCGAAGACAGUGCGACGGGGACGAGUAACGUCAAGUUUAUCAGGCAGGGGAGUGCAUUGGAUGUGGGGAAGCUAGGGGAGGCACAUGGGCUAUAUUGGGAUGUCAUCCACGACACCAUCUCCGUAUCCUCGGCCAGCACUGCCCUUGACACCCUAAUGCGCAAAAAGCCCACCUAUUCCUUCCCCCAACUCAUAUUCCUAGGCGGUAUGUGCAGCAGCAGCAUCUGCAGCGUCAGCUUCAACGGCAGCUUCAUUGACUCCCUCGUUUCCUUCCCGCUCGGUGCGCUCCUUGUCACCAUCCAGCUCCUCAGCGUCCGUAAUGAGUUGUAUGGGAACGUGUUUGAGAUAACGGUUGCUACGCUUCUGAGCUUUGUGAGCGCUGCGCUCGCUAGUACGAAGAGGAUUUGUUAUGAGGCUGUUGCUAGUAGUAGCGUGGUCUUGAUUUUGCCUGGCUUCAUAGUUUUAAACGGCUCCCUCGAACUCUCCUCCCGUUCCCUGGUAGCAGGGUCCGUGCGUCUCUGCUACGCCCUUGUGUACAGCCUGUUCCUUGGCUUUGGGCUCGCUAUAGGAGCUGAGCUCUAUCAAACAAUGCUCAGCAAACCCCUAUUGGGGGGCAAAGAUUACAUGUGUUCUGCGAGCCAUGAUCCCGAAGGCGGGUGGUGGCAGCGCACCCCGAGUUUGUGGUGGGCGUUUCUGAGUGUGCCAUGUUAUAGUCUGUUUUUGAGUUUGAGGUUUGGGGCUGUUGUUGGGAGGAGGGAGUUGCUCCUCCUAGUCGUUAUCUCAUGCAUUGGAUGGGUGACGAACCACUUUGUGGGCACUAAGUUCCCAAACCAGAGCGAUAUAUCAGCCGCUGUUGGGGCGUUUGCUGUGGGAUUGGUGUCGAAUCUCUAUGGGAGGUUUUUCGCGGGGAAUGCAUUUGUUGUCAUGAUCACAGGCAUACUCUUCCAACUCCCUUCAGGCCUAGGCAACGGCGGACUAUUCAACUUUGUUGUCGAUCAAACCACAGGGUCGAGCUCCUCCUACCAAAGCGGGUUCAACACAGCACUUCAGUUGAUCAGCACGAGUAUCGGGUUGACCGUGGGGCUCGGAAUCAGUUUGGUGCUCGUUCAUCCUGUCCAAAGCAGGAGGAGGGCUGCGGGGAUGUUUAGUUUGUAGGUGUGCGGGCGACGUUGAUUUUGGUGUUGGUAUGCGUUCCCGCUCCCCGCAUUGCUACUUUCGUACGUUUGCUUGCAUCGUUCUCGUCCAUCCUGAACUUGCAUCUUGCAUUCAAUGUCAAUAUAGA